AUGGAUCCUCCAAAUAUUGUUUUCGAAUACAUUGAUCAGAUUCUCAUGGAAGAAGAUUUGGAGGAGAAGAUGCAUUAUGUCCUAGAUUCGGUCGAUUUUAAGGAGAAAGAAAGAUCUUUCUACGAGUUACUCGACCAAAAAUACCCUCAUUCUCCACCUCAGCAAGAGUCGUCGAUUCAUAACAAUCAAUGUGACGACAAACCGAAUGACGAUCACUUAUACGACAGCCGAGCAAUCUGGGAUUUUCGGACAGGGGUCGUCCAUUCGGGUAACUCUUUUCCAAGCGAAGGUGAAAACACGGUCGUAAAAACAAGAGGUAAGAAAAAAAACCACCUUGACGAGGAAACGAGCCUUGAAGAAGAAGAAAGGAGAAGCAACAAGCUACCUACCAUUCGUGCCGAGUCCAAUCUCCCCACCGAGGAUUUCGACAAUGGCUCGACUUUUACCCUCACCGAGCUCACCGAGCACGAGAACCAAACUCCCGAAUGCAAAGGCUCCGAAGGUAAGAAGAAGAAGAAGGAGGAGGAGGAGAAGAAGAAGAAACAAGCGAUCAACUUGAUUCCUUGUCUAGUUAGAUGCGCCGAAUCUGUUGCAUUGGGCAAAAUCGACACGUCGAAAGAGAUUCUCAAAAAGAUCCGAAAGCACUCGUCCCCGUUCGGAGACGGGAAUCAAAGGUUGGCCUACUACUUCGCAAAUGCGCUCGAGGCCCGUUUGUUCGGAACCGGAAGCCUAAUGUUAGACAAGUUCAGUGUCUCUGACUACUUUAGAACCUACCGGAGCUCCCACUUUCUUUCCUCCUUCAAGGAUCUCGUCGACUUCGCCUCCAACGAGACGAUAGCGGCCCAAUCGGCGCAAUCGGGCCGAGUCCACAUCAUCGAUUUCGGCAUCUUCUACGGUUUCCAAUGGCCUGCCUUCAUCCAAUCUCUAGCCGAGCGCGAAGGCGGGCCCCCAAAGCUCCGGAUCACAGCUGUUGACUUUCCCCUGCCCGGCCAGCGACUUGCGCAGGUCGCGGGUCGGGACGAGGAUACGGGUCGCUGGCUGGCCCGUUUCGCAGAAACUCAUCGUGUCCCGUUCGAGUUCAACGCCAUUGUAAAGAGAUGGGAGACGAUCGAGCCCGAGGAUUUGAGGAUCGAGAAAGGCGAGUACGUGGCGGUCAACUGUAGAUUCCGGUCAAUGGUCCUGCCUAACGAGACGGAGGCGGAGGAGAAGAAGAAUUCGAGGGCUCGUUUUCUUGAGCUUGUUAGUAAGAUUAACCCGGACAUUUUCGUGCAUGGAGUGUUUAGCUCGGGGCACGGUGAGCCGCUGUUCUUGUCACGAUUCAAGUCUUCUCUGUUGUUCUACUAUGCUUUUUUUGAAAUGUUGGAUACCACUGAGCCUCGGGAGCAGCCGUAUAGGGUGACGAUAGAGAGAAUGUUCGGGAGAGCAAUACUUAACGUUGUAGCUUGCGAGGGCCCGGAGAGAGUCGACAGGCCCGAGACGUAUAGAAAGUGGGGACCGCGUCAUUUGAGGGCCGGUUUAGCGCAGGUCCCGUUUGAUGGGAAAUUGUUAGAGAGCGUUACGUAUAAGGCGAAAAAAAUUUUCCCUCGGAACUUUGUGUUCGACGAGGAUAACGGGUGGCUGUUGAUGAGCUGGAAAAAACGGACAAUCGCUGCAUUUUCCUGCUGGCAAUCUGCUUUCAGAGAAAAAUAA